UGCUCUUUUACAGGAAAGGAAGCUGACUGAGUGAGUGAGCUGCUGCUGCUGCUGAGCACUACACACAGAUAGCACUGGGAUCUCCACACAAAUUGCCGGUUGUGUGGCUAUUGUUGUUUUAAAUUAAAAGUUGCUUUCAUUCCAUUUCGGGACGGGCUCCGUUCCCUGCAAACCAAGGCAUGGAUCAGUGCUGGUACCACGGAACCAUUACCCGUUCAAGAGCUGAGGACCUGCUCUCUAAAAUAGGCAAGGAUGGAAGCUUUCUUGUGCGGGCCAGUGAGUCUAUCCCCUCAGCAUACGCCCUCUGUUUGCUGUAUCGGAACUGUGUGUAUACCUACAGGAUUCUACCUAAUAAAGAAAACAAGCUAGUUAUCCAGGCAUCGGAAGGUGUUCCAGUACAGUAUUUCAACAACUUGGAUGAACUGAUAGAGUUUUACAAGAAAGAGAAUGUGGGUCUGAUUCGGAGCCUUAAAUUCCCAAUCCAGAAAGAAGAGGAGGAGACAACAGAGGAGCCAGAAGAGGAUAUGGAUCCUGUACCAGUACCACCCACAUUACCUCCACGCUGCAUUUCAGUACCACCCCUGGUAACUGAGGCAAAAGAAGAUUUUUCUCCAAAUGAAUAUGCCCAGGUGUCAGAAAUGAGCCAACUAUCCCUUUCUGAAACAUUGCUCCAGCGAUUACAGCACCAAGACACCAGCAGUAUACCAGAAGAGCAGCUCAAACUGAUCCAGGAUUAUUUGCGAGUUCACAUCACCAGUGAUCUCGAAACAGUACAGCUCGGGUCUUGGAAUCUCCCUCAGCUGAAGAAAUUGCUUGCAGUACUUUGCAAAGGACUUUUCAGUGAGGCGUCUCGGAUUCUUCCAUCUCUGGAGUCCAUCCAGAUGGUGUUUGACCAGCAGCUGCCUCCUGGGAUCCAUCGACAUUCUCAGCCAUCUUGUGAAGCCAACCGUGCCAAACUUGUCCAGUUGACAGGCGUGCUUGCUUCCAUUGAAGACAAGGUGAAAAAACUGUUGAUUGAAGGGCCUGAGUCAACACAUCGACGUUCACUUAUCCCUCCUGUAACCUUUGAGGUGAAAACAGAUUCUCUUGGAAUUCCUUCUAAAAUACAUCUUAAAGUUGAUGUUGAGUUGGGAAAACUCAUUAUCAAGAAAGCUAAGGAUGGCCCUGAAGACAAGUUCUACACUCACAAAAAAAUUCUACAGCUCAUCAAGUCUCAGAAGUUCCCUAAUAAACUGGUGAUUGUACUGGAGACAGAAAAAGAGAAAACACACCGAAAAGAAUAUGUAUUUGCUGACUCUAAGAAGAGAGAAGGCUUCUGCCAACUUCUACAGCAAAUGAAGAAUAAGCAUUCUGAGCAACCAGAGCCUGAUAUGAUCACCAUCUUCAUUGGGACCUGGAACAUGGGUGAUGCUCCUCCACCAAAGAAGAUCAGCUCCUGGUUUCUCUCUAAGGGGCAGGGGAAGACUCGAGACGACACGGCUGACUACAUUCCACAUGACAUCUAUGUGAUUGGCACACAGGAGGACUCCCUGGGAGAGAAAGAAUGGCAAGAGAUUUUAAGACAAUCCUUGCAAGAGAUUACCAGUAUCAGCUUCAAAGUGAUAGCAAUCCAUACCCUCUGGAACAUCAGGAUUGUUGUCCUGGCCAAGCCAGAACAUGAGAAUCGCAUAAGCCAUCUCUGCAUUGACAAUGUGAAGACAGGAAUUGCAAAUAGACUGGGCAACAAAGGAGCCGUUGGGGUGUCAUUCAUGUUUAAUGGAACCUCCUUUGGUUUUGUGAACAGCCAUUUGACUUCAGGAAGUGAAAAGAAACACAGGCGAAACCAGAACUACACAAGUAUUCUACGUUUUUUGUCACUGGGAGACAAGAAGUUGAGUCCAUUUAACAUCACUCACCGCUUUACUCAUCUUUUCUGGCUGGGAGACCUGAACUACCGCUUAGAGUUGCCCCCAAUGGAAGCAGAGAGUAUCAUCCAUAAGAUCAAACAGCAGCAGUACACAGAGCUGCUUGGUGUCGACCAGCUUCUCAUGGAAAAGAAGGAUCAAAAGGUGUUUCUGCAGUUUGAGGAAGAAGAAAUAACAUUUGCCCCAACCUAUCGCUUUGAAAGGAACACCCGGGAGAAUUAUGUCUACACCAAGCAGAAAGCAACAGGGAUGAAAUACAAUUUGCCAUCCUGGUGCGAUCGAGUGCUCUGGAAAUCAUAUCCCCUGGUGCAUGUGGUGUGUCAGUCUUAUGGAUGCACCAGUGAUAUCAUGACAAGUGACCACAGUCCUGUGUUUGCUACAUUUGAGGUUGCUGUCACCUCUCAAUUUGUCUCAAAGAAUGAUGAUAAAUACACAGACUCCCUUGGACAGAUUGAAUUCCUACGCUGCAGUGCCACCCUCAAGACAAAGUCUCAGACAAAGUUCUACAUUGAGUUCCACUCCAGUUGCCUAGAAAGCUUUGUAAAAAGCCAGGAGGGAGAAAAUGAGGAAGGAAAUGAAGGCGAACUGGUGGUAAAGUUUGUUGAAGCCCUUCCUAAGUUGACUCCAAUUAUUUCAGAUCCAGAGUACCUACUGGAUCAGCACAUUCUAAUCAGCAUUAAAUCAUCAGAUAGUGAUGAAUCCUACGGUGAAGGCUGCAUUGCUCUUCAAAGUGGAGCUACAGAAUCCCAAGUCCCAAUCCAGACUGUGCUAACCCACCAUGGGGAAAAUACAGGUAUCUUUCAAGGUGAAUUCAAGCUACAAACAUCUGAAGGGAAACAGAGAGAGAAACUAUAUGAUUUUGUGAAGAUUGAACGGGAUGAAGCUGCUGGCCAGAAACCUGUCAGGGGCUUAAGCUGUGUAGACCAUGCCAAAGAAUGGGAGCAGGUGAAUAGGGAGCCUUGUUCCAGCAGGAGAUCUUCUCACAUAGUGGCCAAAGAAGCAGCAGCUAUUGCUCGCUAUCGAGGAACAACAACAUCUCUAGAUGAGCCAGGCAAAAACGAUCUCUUGCGAAGUACAGUCACUACAGAUAUGAACAAUCCCAACUACUUACGGAUGGCUGUUGCCUCUCAGCAGUUCUCUGUAACAAGCCAACUUAAGCAGAUCCCUUCACCAGACCAACAGCUGGCCCUCUGGAGUUAUGACGUACAGUCCAAAGACAGCACUUGUCUCACAGGACUAGAGUCUCCCACCACACCUUCCACCCUGUCACCUUGGUCUCCAAGACCACCCACUCAGUCUACAACUAAUCGAAAGGAUCAACUUUACACUGAGGUAAGGAAAAGCAUGGUAGAACCACUUUUACAAGAAGAAGUGUACCCCAAACCAGAGAUGAUUGACAACCCCCUGUAUGACUUUGCAAAAUCCAAGGACAAACUGCCAUCUUCGAGGGAGCAGGAGUUCUCCAAGAUGUCAUGGAAAGAGCUCCCAACUAUAUGUGACCAGAGCUUCCCUUUCACCAAGUUCCAGGAGGUUGACAGUAGCAGAACUUCUAACAGGCAACAAUCCUCCCCACCCUUCCUAGUCCCAACAUCCAGAAUUCGGUGUCACACCUAUUCCAACCAAUCUGAGGGAAAGACUGCGCUGCAUGAAAAAACUCAUGGGAAACAGAAACCCUGCGCCAACUUAGACCCCCUAGUGCCACCAUUCAAGAAACCCGUCAAAUUCUCAAGAUCUGAAGUAGGGCAGAGCAAACCUCCCAUUCCAUCAAAGAGCCAGGUGGUGCUUGAUAUGCAGAACAUCAAAGGGCGAGAUUAUCGAGACAGCUCAGAACUUCCACACCACAGAAAGCACCAAAAUGAAGAUGGGACUGUAACCUGGACAACUAUGCCGUGAAUAACAACGCCACAGAUGAAACAGUCCUGAAGUGAAUUGGCAUGGACAUUUCCCAGAGUUCAUCUUAAUAGCCUCUGAACUGGUUCACAAAACCCUGGAUUUUUUUUUUUAGUAUUUAAAAAGAUAUAAUAUCUAUAUGUCAGUACAAAUCUUCUGAGAUAUGCAAGACUACACCAAAAUACAGAGACCAACAAAUGCAGUAAUGGUUAAAAUAUUAGAUUUUUACAUUACAGCUUUGGUAAUUCUUUUGAAGAGUAAGGAGGUUGUGAACAUUUGUGUUAGAAAAGGUACUAAUUCAGGGAAUAGGAAAUAACAUGCUGAGUACAUCCAAAGAGGGCUGUGGACACACAAGUUAUCAUUGUAGGUUACUACAUUGCAGACCUAAUUGAGGGUGAUGCUUUUACAGCAAGAACCAUCUUGAAAAUGGCAGAGCUAGUCUCUUUAACAGGAUUAAGGCUGGAGUAGUAUGGAUUUUCUGGCAGUUUGCAGUGUCCCUUGGGAUCAUGGGUCUAUUAAUAAUAAUCUGCUACUGAAUUUUUCCUCAAACUAGCUUGAUAUUUUCUUGAUUGGUAACCUGAACUGGGAUAAAGGAGCGCCCUAUUAGGUACAAUAUGACUCCUAGGUGUUAAGGCCAGAAGGGCCUUAGUAAUCUUAGCUGUCCUCGUGUAUUUUUGAUAGUAACUAGAAAAAAAUGUGGACUUUUAUUUAUCAUCUUCAAGUACAAAUGUGGAGCAAAUUAAAAUGACCAUCAGAAGUUUAAAAGAAAACUCAGUUCUACUGUGUAAAAUAGAAUGUUUUACUGGUUGUUUUACUAACAUUAGAUACAUGCUGACUUCAUUGUACAUGACAUCAGAUACAAACUUUUGUUUCUUUUUACUU